AUGAGAAACUUUCCAGUGAAUUCUCUUCUAGACCACCUGUCGAGAGUGCCACUUGACAUACCGUUCGGACCCCAGCCAGACUUUGGUCCCUCUCCCGGACCCUUCAUCGAUACAGGACCAUGCAAUCCUAUUUACAUCCCUCCCUUGGACCGACACUUCCGCUACUCUUGCAUGAACUUUGCACGCUCCCAGGCCUCGCCCAGGAAAAGUGACUGCAACCCCAGGGCACGAAAAGAACCCAGAGAACAAAUGAAUAUGUUGACCGCUUUCAUCGAUGCCUCGCAGGUCUACGGUUCGACUCUCAAGGAGAACAGACGCAUUCGUUUGUAUCGACAUGGUAUGCUCCAAGUGACGCCUCUUGACCUACUCCCUAACGACAAGAACUCGACAUGCGUGAAGGACGGUCCCGGAGACUACUGCUUCCUUGCAGGGGAAAUGCGCGUGAACGAGCAUCCGUCUCUGUCUACCCUUCACACCAUCUUCCACAGACUGCACAAUCAGAUGGCGCUCGGCCUGUUCGAGUUGAACCCUAAUUGGUCGGACGAAAAGGUCUCCAUGUCGCACGUGAUAACGUUCGGCCACACCCUCAUCCCCAGUAAAUUCACGGUAGGGCGGGAGAAGAUCCGACUUUUCCGCAUGUUUAACCGGCCAAGGUUUGUGCUCCGGGAUGAUGGGCGCUCCAUCGGCAAGUUCUGCUCCGGCCUCAUGGAGGACCAUGUGCAGCGGUAUGAUCGGUUCAUCGUAAACGAUUUGUCGGACCUGCUGUUCCAGGAUCGUGACAACAUCAGUAUGGACCUGGCGUCACUCAACAUACAGCGGGCGCGAGACCACGGCCUGCCGGGAUAUAACGAGUACAGAGAGGUUUGCGGCAUGCACAGGAUCAAGAACUUCGAGCAGUUUUAUCGAGAGGACCCGGAGCGAGCAGUGAUCUUCCGAAGAGUUUAUGACCACGUGGAUGAUAUCGACCUAUUUCCCGCCGGGGUGUCCGAGCGGUCCCUCCCCGGGGCAGUAGUAGGCUCCACCUUCGCGUGUAUCAUCAGUCAGCAGUUCCGGAACCUCAAGUUUGGAGACCGUUACUGGUACGAGAAUCAGAACCGACCGAUGGCCUUCACACCAGGUAAAGGGACAUAA